AUGUCAAGCGUAUUUAAAGACAGAACAAAUGAGUUUCAGUCUAUGUGCGAACGUAUUCGUACACGUUCAAAUACUGGUAAAAGAUCGAAACAUGCUCGUUCAGAAUUCUCAAUGAUGGCAGCCGAAAUCAGUAGACAAAUUACAAACACAACAGGAAAGCUAGAGAAACUUACCAAGUUGGCGAAAAGAAAGACAUUGUUCGAUGACAAGCCGAUUGAAAUUGGUGAAUUAACCUUCAUCAUAAAACAAGAUAUUGCUAAAUUGAAUAAGCAAAUUGCGAUGCUUCAAGACUACACUAAACAGCAGAAACAAUCAUCUAAGCAAGCAACGGAACAUACUGCAAAUGUUGUGGUUGCUCUACAGAGUAAACUAGCAGAUACUUCCAUGAAUUUCAAAGAUGUGUUGGAAAUCAGAACAGAAAACAUGAAAAUGUCCAAAGAUAAACGAGAUCAAUUUUUAUUUUCGACAGCCGAACAAACAAGUAACUCUGGGUUAGUGAAUUCACCUUUGAUGAAAUCUCGCCGAAAAGCAACAGGGACACAACAACAACAACAACAACAAGAACAAACAGAAGCAGAAGUUGCAUUACAAGAAGAACAACAAAAAGAAGAGGAAUCGACUCUUUCAUUGGGCAUACCGAUGAUAACCCAGCAGCAGCAACAAGAAAUGAUGGUUCGAGAACAAGACAGAUAUAUAGACCAUCGUUCAUCGGCGAUAGAAAGCAUUGAAGGUACGAUUGCUGAAUUAGGGUCGAUAUUUCAACAAUUAGCGACCAUGGUGGCAGAACAAAGAGAAACUGUACAAAGAAUCGAUCAAAAUACUGACGAUAUAGAAAUGAAUAUCAUGGGAGCACAGAGAGAAUUAUUGAAAUACUACACAAGCAUAAGUUCGAACAGAUGGCUAUUCUUGAAGAUAUUUGCAACUAUUAUCAUUUUCUUUCUAGUUUUCACGUUCAUCAUGUAA